AACCUACCCACAAGAAUGUGAAAGUGUGAGGCAAAAAGCUUGUGAGACACAGGAGUCUUUCUUCCACUCUAGGCCUCGUCAUAGCAAAAGGAAGGCACAAGACUUAAGUGUUCAGGUGAAGUUGUGAAUCAAAGAUAAACUGUGCAUGGCAUCAGCAUCAGGCAGGAUCUAAAACGGCUUGUGUGGCAUGAGGGGAAACAUCUGGACUUUGUGUGUACAACAAUGACAAACGAUUAGAACAUGGGCCCAUGAUUUUAAUCCACCAAAGCAAAAAAAGUUUGGCCUUCUUUAACCUCUUGGAGAGUCAAUGCAGAAGGGACUAAGCUGCAGGUGGAAGCUUGAUUCUGUUUCUGUUCAUUGUACAGAAAAAAUAUAUCUACUGUCAAGGAUCUUCUAUGAUUUCGAAGACAGAUGUCAUAUAACAAUGCUUUGGUAUUCAUGAGAGCAAGCAACAAAUGUAAGUUUGAUUUGUGUUGGAUUUAGAGCUCAGCAGCACUAAUUCCACUUCUUGCCAUCCCUCAGCCCAUAAUGCUGAUAUGAACUAAGUAGAACGGCAUAAAAAUUCAGACGAGUCGAGUAAACCUCUGGCCAUUUAAUGCAAAGAAAAUUUCCUGUUUGAUCUGCAUAUGAGCUCCUUUUGAACCAUGAAGCAACAGAUCACAGAAUUCUUUAAUAAUUUGUGGACGCUUUUGAUCACCAAGCAAAAUGAGGGAAUUUACAACACAGUGUGUGUUGCUGUGCUUCUUAUGCUUCCUCUACUUGUUUUCAUCACAUCUCUGGUUGUUUGCUGUCACUGCUGCUCGUCUUUUUGCAAAAGGUGUGACUGUUGCUGUUGUAGAGAUACUGCUACACUGAAAGGGACACAGGAUGAAAGAAAAAAGAAAAAGAAGAAGAAUGGUGGACAGACUGAAGAGGACUUAUGGAUUUCAGUCAAAUCUGACCCCAUGACUCCAGACAGAAUGACCAUUGUGUAGUUGGAUAAUGAUCUUUUUCAAAGUACGGGUUGCAUAUUUAUACAUGCCUAGCUCAUAUAAUUUAUAUGAUAUAAUAGUAUAUAAAGCCAGCUGGAUGCAUUAUAAUAUUGAAGACAGUUCUCUACUUGUUCAAGAGAUGAGCUGCAAAUUAUUAUAAGUUUAAUCAUCCUCACUAGGAACUACUAAACAUUAAGAAUAAAUUUACAUAAAUUUAUAAAUUUAUGAAAUAAAUUUUUUUUGUUUAUUAAAUAAACAACAAUGAAACUCUUUUCAUGACCCUAAACCUUGCUGCAAAUUGAUUGUGCAAUAGAGGCAGACUUCCUUUUCUUGUUUCUAACAAUGCUGACAGAGCAAAGAGGAAGAAGCUUCCUGAGCAUUCAAGUAAGGCAAUUAUGUUACGCAAUAACUUCUGUAAAAAUUAAAUAUGCUGUAUUCCUUUUCAUCCACUGUUAAAGAAAUAAAAAGAUUUUUUUAUUUUAUUAGAAUAUUUUUUGCUCUGCCAAUCAGUGUAGCCCUUGAUUUGUGAUAUAACUUGCCUUCUAAUGCAACAGUCUGAGAGUUGAAGACAAGACACAUAAACUCUUGCAGAGAAGGUAGGUUUUGAACUCAUGGGCUUAACUGAGAGUAAACUAUUGAAUUAGCAAGAGGACGUUAAUUUCAAUUUUGUGUGUGAUUAUGAGUUUACUUUUGCAGGAUGUUUUUUUUAUUAUAUAUUUUGUUGCUGUACGCAAAUGUUGACAAUCUGGUGUCUUGGGUAUAACCUAAUUAGAAUAAAGGUACUGUAUUUUUCCA